UAGGGCGUCUGAGUGGAAAGGCAGGCGGGGAGGCGUGUUCAAAGUGGGCAGGCUAGCAUGAGGUGGAGCAGGAAGGACAUGUCAAAUGUAUUAGUUCAAACUGAGGAGUUGGAAUGCUUCCCUUGAUGGUCCUUUUCCAAGAUUUGUGUAUGGAAUUGUAGCUGCCCCCCAUACACAUGAUGAUGUAGGAUGCCUUGAGACUUAGUCCACCGUGCCUUAGAAAGUCUAAGGAUUGCCAGUUGGUGUUCCUCGACACAUACUCCUCUAUAACUCCUUUGUCUCCAUUGACCAUUGGAGGGUGAUGAGGCUGGCGGUGAGCCUCCAGGUUGUCCUGCUGCUGUUCCUAAGCUCCAGGGCUGUAAGCCUCAGUUUUCCUCUUGAAGUGGAGCAGCUUCCUACCAUAACAUCCCACACAUCAGGGCCCGUUAUCGUCCUUCCUUACGACAACACUGUUACUAUCAAAUGUGAAGCAAGGGGCAACCCUCCUCCAGAAUACAGAUGGACGAAAGAUGACCUCGACUUUAUUCCCCCCAAACCUCCAAUAAUCAAAAGUGACCAGCUUGAAAAAGAUGGUACUUUUGUGCUACAAAACAAAAGCCUUGGCCGGUUUCAGGGUAAAUAUCGAUGCUUCGCUUCCAAUAAACUGGGAACCGCCAUGACAGAGGCAAUUGAACUGAUAGUGCCGAGUAUGCCAAAAUUUCCAAAAGAGACAAUUGAACCUUUGAUUGUUGAGGAAGGAGAACCUUUCGUCCUCAAGUGUAAACCUCCGGAAGGAGUUCCCCCAAGAAAGAUCCACUGGAUGUCCACUGGUCUGCAGCACAUUGAGCAGGAUGAGAGGGUUUCCACGGGCACUGAUGGCAGCCUGUACUUCUCUCAUGCCUUACAGAAAGAUAGUCGGGAGGACUACUGCUGUUUUGCAGACUUUGUUCGAAUCCGUACAAUUGUCCAGAAGACCGCUGUGGCAGUUAAGGUCGAACCAUGGACACCAGAUUAUGAAUCUCUUGACAGCAGCACUGUCACCCUCCCUACGAGAACCCCCCGCCUACUGCUGCCCUCUGGUGUUCAGACAGAGAGAGUGCUGGUCAAGGGAACAGAGCUUCAGCUUGAGUGUAUACCAGGAGGAUAUCCCAUCCCAAAGAUAGAAUGGAUGAAGAUGGGAGACAAUCUGUCCACUCGAGCGAAAUUGGACAACUUUGGAAAGCUGUUAACCAUCGCUGCAGUAGAGGAGCGUGAUGAGGGCAAAUACAUGUGUUUAGCAAAGAGCCCAGCUGGACAGGCUGUCCACUACUUUGAUGUAAUAGUGGAAGAGCCUCCACAGUGGCUGUCAGCGCCACCUGAGAGCCAUCUGAACGUGAUUGGGUCUGAUGUGCACAUCAAGUGCUCAGUCAGUGGAAAUCCACAACCAGACAUAGUGUGGAGGAAAAAUGGACACAUAUUUGAAGAUGACCUCCUGAACAACAAACGGGUGCUUGAUGACACACUGAUGCUUCACAAUGCCUUGCCAGAGGACAGUGGCGUCUACCAGUGCGAAGCCUCCAACAGACAUGGUGGCGUCCUUGCCAACAUUAAUGUCAUGGUCAUGAAUAUGGCUCCCCUGAUCCUGACCAAGGAAUACCAGGAGUAUGCUGUGAUACGCAGCGAGAAUGUGUCCAUGUACUGUAGAGUUUUCGGUUCGCCACCUCCUACCGUCUCUUGGGCCAAAAACCAGACUCCAGAAACCAUUGAGGGUGAACGAUUUCGUACACUCUACAACGGCGCAUUGCAAAUAUCCAGCACGGAAAAGGAAGACAGUGGUGAAUAUAUCUGUGUUGCCGAUAACAGCGAGGGCAAGUCGUCCAUAACUGCUGUGCUGGCUGUGAAAGACCCCACCCACAUUGUGAACGGGCCUCAGGACAUGCAGGUCAUCAGCGGAACCACAGCCCAGUUGACAUGUCAGGCAGAGUACGAUAGAAGUCUGCAGGACUCUUUUGAGGUUAUUUGGAUCAAGGAUGGGGAGAGAAUUUCCUUGGAGGAACCUUCGAGGUACUUUGUGGGUGAUGGCAUGCUGCAGAUUAUGAACGUGAACCUGGGCGAUGAAGGAAUGUACACGUGCACGGCCAGAACUCGCCUAGAUGUGGAUAACGUCACUGCGCUCCUCACAGUGCUGGAUGUUCCUGAUGCUCCUCAAAAUGUGGUUGUAACUGAACUUAAGGAUCCCAGAAAUAUUAGUCUACUUUGGGAACCUGGCAGCGAUCACAACAGCUCUGUAAUAGAAUUUGUAGUGGAGUACGAGGAGAGCCAGUGGGAGCCAGGCAAGUGGAAAGAGCUCCACAAAGUCCCCGGUAACCAGGCAACAGCUGAGCUGGUGCUACACGGACAUCUUAACUACCAGUUCAGAGUAUACGCCGUCAACGCGGUUGGACCUGGGCCCCCUAGUGAGCCCACUGAGCGCUACAAAACCCCUCCAGCUGCACCUGAUAGGAACCCAGAAAAUGUCAAAAUCCAAGGCCAUCUUCCUCAUCAAAUGGACAUUGGUUGGGAACCGCUGUUGCCUGUGGAACAAAACGGCCCAGGCCUGGAGUACAAAGUGAGUUACAGGAAGCUUGAUGUGGAUGACACCUGGACGGAGCACAUGGUCAAAAGACACUCCUUUGUUGUGAGGAACACGUCAACCUUCAUCCCGUAUGAGAUCAAAAUUCAGAGCAGGAACAGCCAUGGCUGGGGACCCGAGCCUAAAAUUGUGACAGGCUACUCUGGAGAAGAUGUUGUCUUUCGACACUGUCUUCAGGAAAAUGUGUCAAUUCCCACCGCAGCGCCACGGGAUAUUGCAGUGGAGCUGAUGAACACAACUGUUUUGAAAGUAAGCUGGACCCCCGUUCCACCCGCCACAGUGAGAGGUCACCUCAGGGGGUACCAUGUUCACUGGCUGAGGAAGCGAAGUUUCCUGAAUCCCGACAAGAUCCUGGAUGAGCGCCAGACACUGUCCUUCCCUGGGAAGAGGACUCAUGCCAUUGUGCCCGUCCUUCAACCUUACUCAGAGUAUACACUUACCGUCAAUGUCUUCAACAAAAAAGGCAAUGGGCCUAGCAGUGACCCAGUCACCUUCAACACUCCGGAAGGAGUUCCCGAGCAAGUGCCUAUUCUGACCACCUCCAAUGCCCAGAAAGACUCUGUUCGUCUGGUAUGGGGGCCGCCGCUGGUGGCAAAUGGCAUCCUCAUUGGCUACUUCCUGCAGUACCAUCUUAUUAAUGAAACCACGAUGGAGGUGCUCAAUACCCGGAAGAUGAACAUCGCCGGGCCCGACACCACCCACUGGCAGCUGGAGGGCUUAGAAGAGGGUAGUCGCUACCUCUUCCACCUCAGUGCCUGCACUCGAGCAGGGUGCGGACCUCCGCUAGCGCAGGAGAGCAGCACUGGCACUUCAGCACGUCACGUCUGCACUGUCUCCUUCCCUCACUCUUUCCCCGGCAGUACAACUCAUCCUCCUCCUUUGGUUCCAGGCCUGUUGAACAUAAGCUCUUAUGUGAGUGACACCUAUGCCAAAAUCAGCUGGACUGCCAGGGAGGAGCAGCAGGACUCGCAGCUUUACGUGGCUUAUAUGAAUGACCGUGACGGUACCUGGCACAUUUCCGGGCCGUUAAACACGUCUCAAAGCUUCCACAUAAUUGAUGGGCUCAACCCUGGGACGGUGUACACGGUGCGCCUCAUGGAAAAGACGUUGUUCAAUAACGCUAGCAUUUUUGAAGACGUUAUCCAGACACAAGUCACAGGUGUGGCAGGUCAACAGAGGAGCGUUUCUACCAAGGGCUGGUUCAUCGGGACCAUGUGUGCUGUGGCACUCCUUACCCUCAUCAUCCUCACCGUCUGCUUUAUGCGGAGAAACAAAGGUGGCAAGUAUGCAGGUAUGCCACCGCCCGGGCGACAAGACAUGCUGGCCAUGGACAAAGUGAAAGAGAAAGAAGACCUCCACCCUGAAGUGGUGUCCCCAGCAAUAAAUGAAGACAACUUCUGUGAAUACAGUGACAGUGAUGAAAAACCACUGAGGGGCAGCUUGUGUUCCCUGAAUGGAGAUGAUGCAGUCAGCAGAGACAGCCUGGUCGACUACGCCGACGGUGGAGGAGAAUUCAGUGAAGAUGGCUCCUUUAUUGGGGAAUAUUCAGGACACAAACAAGAGGGACCUGUCACCGAGUCCAAUGGAUUUGGUCCUGUCACUGCAUGACACAAACCUUCACUUCAGAUUCCUACACAAAACAUGAUAGAACACCAUACACCAUAUAUACAGUAUGUACAGUGGUAUGUUUUGUAUGUCACUCAAAUGUUUCACAUCAUCCAAAAAUGUUUAUAUUCAUCAAUUACAACACAACUGAACACAAAAUUCACUUUCUAGUUUCAGGAUUCAUGUCAGGACUAUGGCUAGGAUAUUUUGCUUUCCUUCGGCCAUUCAGAGGUGGACUUGCUGGUGUUUUCGAUCAUUAUCCUGCUGCAGAGCCAAAAUCAUCGACAGAUGGCCGGACAUUCUCCUUUUGGAUUUUUAUGGAAGACAGCAGAUGUCACGGUUAUCACAGCAAGUCCCCCAGGUCCCAAAGCAGCAAAACAGUCCAGACCAUCACACUACCACCACCAUAUUUUACUGUUGGUAUGAUGUUCUUUUUAGAAGUGUGGCGUUACACACCUUCCAAAAAGUCAGACCACAAAGUAUUUUCCCAAAUCAUCAGAAUGUUUUCUGGCCAAAUCUUUUUGUUUAGUGGUUCAGUGUUUUUCAUUUUUCAUCUCAUUUUUGCCCAGUGUUUUUCUUAUGGGGGAGUCAUGAACACUGACUUUAACUUUUGGAUGUUGUUGCGGGGUCUUUUGUGACCUCUUGCACGAGUAGUCGCUGCGCUCUUGGGGUAAUUUUGGUUGGCCAGCCAUUCCUUGAAAGGUUUACCACUGUUCCAUGUUAUCGCCAUUUGUGAAUAACAAUAUAAUAUAAUAAUAUUAACAUUUGUUUGGUGGCAUUUAAGUGUGACAAAUGUGCAAAAAAAGAAAUCAGACCACUGUAUAUGGCUUACAUAGCCACAUGCAAAGCAACAGAAGACACUGUAAGGAUGUUUGGAGCACCAGACUAUAAAGACAAAAACAAACAAUCCAUACACGUGUGUACAUGCUGUAAGCCAGAACUGAAUUAUCAAGGAUUUAAACUGGUUUUACUUUUGUUUAUAAAACAGUCUGUAUUUUUGACACAGUGAACUGAAGCAACACAUUUAAACUGUCACAAUGUCCUGUUGUAUUUAUUAAUGGAAGAAAAACAAUUUUUUAUUUUCACUUCUAUAACUUUGUGUUUAUAUUGUAUUGUGUUUGCAAUCUAUAUUCACAUUAUUGAUGUUGUCAUUUCAUUACAAAAUUUAUGUUUUCAUUAGUCAGCAUAACUAUUACAAACUGCUUAAUUUAUCCCUUCAGCAACCAUUUCAUUAAAGUACCAAAAAAAA